CAACAAUGGUGAAAACCCGAUAACCCGGCACUGCUUUAUCGAACCAAUACGAAAGGAAGUGAGAACCAGAGAGAGAGAUCUGCGUUUUUUCUAGAUAUGAGCAAGCUCAGACUCGUCCACUGUCUCCUAUUUUUUACAGCGAUCUGCAUUCUCCUUCCUCCGAUCGCCGCUAGAGGAGGUCACUCCGACUAUAUCCACCCAGGUGAUGGAAAUUCUAGUUUUCAUGGUAUUGCGAGGCACUUAUUUGCUCAGGAAGAGCCUCGGCCGAGUUUGGAAUUAACUCGAGGGUACAUGACAAAUGAUGAUCUUGAGAAAGCAAUGAAAGAUUUCACCAAGAGAUGCAGCAAGAUCUCUAGAUUAUACAGCAUCGGAAAGAGUGUCAAUGGAUUUCCUUUGUGGGUCAUAGAGAUUUCAGACAGGCCUGGAGAGAUAGAGGCUGAACCUGCAUUCAAGUACAUUGGGAAUGUACAUGGAGAUGAACCUGUCGGGCGUGAGCUCUUAUUACGUCUUGCAAACUGGAUUUGUGAUAAUUAUAAGAAGGAUCCAUUGGCUCAGAUGAUUGUAGAAAAUGUUCACCUUCAUAUAUUACCGUCAUUGAAUCCAGAUGGAUUUUCUGUCAGGAAGCGUAAUAAUGCAAACAAUGUGGAUCUAAAUCGCGACUUCCCUGACCAGUUCUUUCCCAUGAACGAGGACUUGGCUUUGAGGCAACCUGAAACUAGGGCAAUUAUGACUUGGCUGAGAAACACACGAUUCACAGCGUCGGCUACACUACACGGGGGUGCGCUGGUCGCAAAUUUCCCAUGGGAUGGGACGGAGGAUAGGAGGAAAUACUAUUAUGGAUGUCCUGAUGAUGAGACAUUCCGGUUCUUGGCACGCAUAUAUAGCAAAUCUCACCGUAAUAUGUCUUUAAGCCAAGAAUUUAAGGAAGGAAUCACAAAUGGAGCAUCCUGGUACCCAAUUUAUGGCGGUAUGCAAGACUGGAAUUACAUACAUGGAGGAUGCUUUGAAUUGACCUUGGAAAUAAGUGACAACAAGUGGCCUAGAGCCGCAGAGCUUCCCACCAUUUGGGAUUACAAUAGAAAGAGCAUGCUGAAUCUUGUUGCAAGCCUCGUGAAGACAGGAGUUCAUGGCCGGAUCUUUUCACUAGAUCAGGGAAAGCCACUCCCUGGGCUUGUUGUGGUCCAGGGAAUUAACUAUACGGUUAAAGCUCAUCAAGCGUACGUGGACUACCAUCGGUUGCUUGCACCUGGACAGAAAUAUGAAGUCACAGCAUCAUCCCCGGGAUACAAACCGAGAACAACAAGUAUAUACUUAGGUGACAACGCUGUCACCGCAGAUUUCAUUCUCAUCCCAGAAGCAAGUUCCCGAGGCAAACUACUGAGAAGCAACUGUGACUGUAGCUGUAAAAACUGCGGCCAACCGCUACUAGCACAAUUUUUCCCAGAGACAAAUAACGGAAUCACGCUAACGCUUGUCGUGGUUGUAGUGUUCCUGUGUUUUUUGUUGCAAAGAAGGGUGAGAUAUAACCUCUGGAAGCAAAAACAAUCCUCUAGAAGAUCAAUAACAGUAUGAUUAUAAAGUAUAGUACCACACAACUCUUUACACUCUAAUAAGCAAAACCAUUAUGGAAAAUAAAAGUUGUACUUUAUGUAAGUGUUUGAUUUUAGAUCUUA